GAAUAGGUAACUUAAGUUUCAAAACUUAUUCCUAAACGGAUGCAACUUCAAGAUUAUUUGUCCUUUUCUUGCAACGACUAAUUUGUGUGGUAACGACAGAGAAAGGACUAUGUUGUUUAUUUUUAUUUUGUGUACCUGUCAAAUCUGUCAAAAGUUGAAGGAAUGGCCUAUCGACUACUGCAAAAAUGAAAAACAAAACAUCUUAAAGGGUUUUUUAAUUAAAACAAUGAAUGUGCACAGUACAGAAAGCUGGGCUUCGCAGCCCGAUGUAUGCCGCUUGUGUUUAUCUACGAGCGGGACGUGGGAUGUGACCGCAUCUUAUAUUACGGAGGUCGGAAAUAAGGAGGUUUAUUCAGAAUUGUUGCAAGACUGCUUUGGUAUAUCGUUAUCCCACCUAACAGAAUGGGGUCCAAGCAGAAUGGCUUGUACGGUGUGUGUGAGUCAACUGAGGGACGCACACACCUUCCGGAAGCAAGUAGAACAAGCCGAGAGACUGUUUGUUACGUACUGUGAUAGUAGGAAAGAUAUUUUCAACCCGCUCACUAUUAAAACUGAGUUAGAAGUAGCAGAUAACUUGGACAGCCCUAAUUGUGUAAACAAUACAGCUGAAGACAGUGAUGAUGACAAUAAACAAAUUCUGCAAUCAGAAGCAGCCACAGAAAAACAAAUUUCGGAAAUGAACAAGAGAAAGAGUCAAAAAACUAUUUUGAAAACCAAAAGGAAAAGAAAAAAUAUGAUUUUGAAAGAAGACAUGGAUUCGGAUACGCCGAUAGCUGAGUUUUCAAAGAAAAAUGUGCCUAAAGCAGUAGUGUAUAAGAAUGAAAAUGAAAUAGCGGGCUCUUUGCUUGAAGAAGAGAGAAAAGAUUUGAAUACCGCAGUUGUUGAAAUAGGAUUCCGGCACACAAGACCUCAGAACUUGGUCAAACAAGUUUCCGAACGCAAACGAGUCAUACUUACAUGCGACACAGUUCUAAGAGACACUACAGCCUGCCCCUUCAGGCAUCACAAGAGUUGGUUCCAAUGCUUCUUCUGCCAACAAGACUUCAUGGAAAUCAACCUCCUUCGAGAACACAUGCGUAAAACACACGCCGACAUAGACGUAGAAAUAAAAAAAAUAAAACGUUACCCCCGCUCCCUUCAAAUUGAAAUUUCAAAUCUAGAAUGCCGCCAAUGUCAUUUGAAUUUGACAGAUGUCGUUUCGAUGUGCCGCCAUUUUGUUGAGGUGCAUAAAAAGGUUAUAUACAACGAGUGUAUAGCUGAUUAUAAAGUUGAUACUAGUCCAUAUUCGUGCCAUAUAUGCGGCCAACAGUUUCAUGUUUUCAGAACUUUAACUACACAUUUGAAUGAGCACUACGCUAACUGCAUAUGCGAUGUAUGCGGAAAAUCGUUUCUAAAUUCAAAGCGUUUAAAAGUACAUAAGCGAACGCAUGAAAACGGCCAUUUUCCUUGUACAGAAUGCGGGAAAAUACUUAAAACUAAGACUUCUAAAGCCAAUCAUAUGGAGAGUGCUCAUUCAAAGCGAGUAAUAAAAUGCCAGAUAUGUUUUAAGCCUAUGAAACAUUAUAACGACAGAAUUAAACACAUGUCUGAGGUACACAAUAUAACACAUAAGUUUAAAUGUCCCAUUUGUGGCCGAGAGUACAAUAUAAAACAUUAUUUAGCUACACAUAUAAGACAGACGCAUGGACAAAAGAAUAAGAACUGUUCGGAGUGUGGUAUGGCUUUUAUAACGAACCAUGGUUUGAAGAAACAUAUGUUAAAACAUUCUGGGUUGAAGCCUUAUAGUUGUAAUGUUUGUUGUAAGUCGUAUGCGAGGAGUUACACGUUGAGAGAGCAUAUGAGGGCCCAUGAUAGCGAAAAGAGGUUUGCUCAUAAUGAAUGAGUACUUAUGUAAAAGUUUUAUUUUACAGAGUUUUCACACUAGCGGAUUUUCUGCUCUUAUUUGUACGUUCAGACUGAAUGUGUCGUGCGUAUACGCUGGGUUUUUAAACGCGCGACAAAAAUCCCGUAGUGGGAAUAUGCGCUCAACCUUAUUAACAAUAUUAUAGAGAAAAGUUCUUGGAAACUGCUAGUCAAAUAACUUUGCCACUCUAGUUUUUCAACUUUUUAAGAUAUGUAGGACUUAAUUACUUUACUUAUUUAUUUAUUUUAUUUAUUCUUUAAGUUUUCCCACGGCUUGUGUAUCACAAUAUAGAAAAAACACGCAACAGCCAUGAACUAUUCCUACGAAAAGAUUAAAAUUGUUAUCUUACAAGUUAUUCGGAUCUAAAUAAUCAAAAUUUCUGAGUAUAAUUAAUCUAGAUGAUACCUACUAUAGUUAUGUAUGAAGUUUAAUUAUCUACUAAUCUGUAUAAGAAAACAAUAUUUAUUCUGUAAAAUAUAUAAUCAGUUUUAUACAAUAAAUAAAUGACUAAA